AUGAAAUCAUUUUUAAUUUUAAUAGCAGCAGCAACAGCAACACUAACAAAAGGUUUUAAAUUCACAGAAGAAUUCAAUUCGCUGGACAACUGGGUUCAGCCUCAGCAUUCCAAGUUCGUUGUAGACGUGGCUUCUGUUUAUCCUGGCAUCGACAAGGACACUGGGCUAGUUGCCGCAGACAAAGCUACUCACUAUUCCAUCCACUCCCCACUCAGCCCCGCCAUCCACCCAACCCACCAAAACACCCCCUUCCUCCUCCAAUACCAAGUCAAAUUGCAGGAUGGCCUUGAUUGCGGCGGUGCUUACAUUAAAUUGUUUAGUGAAAAUAUUCACUCCCAUAUCACCCCAGACACCCCCUAUUCCAUCAUGUUUGGUCCGGACAAGUGUGGUUUCACUAAUAAGGUUCAUUUUAUAUUCACCCACUUGAACCCAAUUACCGGCGAGUACACGCAACACCACCUCACCCAGCCACCCCCUAUCAAACAAAGCAAGACAUCCUCACUAUACACGCUCUCCAUCCACCCAGACAACUCGUUCCACAUCUUCAUCAACGGCGACAAGGCCAGGUCCGGCAGCCUCCUCACCGACUUUGAUCCCCCAGUCAACCCUCCCCAUCUCAUCCACGACCCACACGACUCAAAGCCUGGCAAUUGGGUUGAGCACGCUGUCAUCCCGGACCCAUCGGCCACAAAGCCAGACGACUGGGACGAAUCGCAGCCACCGUACAUCCCAGACCCACACUCCCCCAAGCCUGAAAAUUGGCGCCAAGACUUACCCACUUUCAUUCCUGACCCCGCCAUCACCCAGCCACAAGACUGGAAUGAGGAGGAAGAUGGUGAGUUUGUACCCCCGCUCAUCCCCAACCCGGAUUGUGAAAAUCUGUCUGGAUGCGGCACCUACACCCCCCCAAAUAUCCCCAACCCACUCUACAAAGGGCCUUGGACACCCCCCAGCAUCGUCAACCCCGACUACAAAGGUCCUUGGUCUCCACGCAAGAUCGAGAACCCAGACUACUUCCUCGACAAUCACCCACACGCUCUCCCUCCCGUCUACGCAGUUGGGUUUGAAAUUUGGUCCAUGUCCGCCGGAAUUCUCUUCGACAACAUUUUCAUAGGCGAUGACGAACGCGAGUUGGCGGAAUUCACGAAAGCUACCUACGCCAUCACGAAACCUAUCGAGGAGGCUAGAGAGAGGGAGGCGCUUGAAGCUACGAUCGAUGAUGAUGUCAAGGUGCGCAGAGGCCUCAUCUCCAUUGCUAGAAGUCACCUCGUCGAUUUUGUGGACAGAUUCAACACUCACCCACUCGACGCACUCAGGGAAAGAUGGGAUGUGGCUAGUGUGCUGGCUGCGUGUGUGGCUGUUGUCCUCACUCUUCUUACUGGUUUGCUCGGUGUGCUUGGUGGUGCCUCUAGCACUGCUCCCAAAGCUCCAGUAAAGCCAACGCAAGUGAAGAUGGCCAACAAACUGGACAAGAAGGCUGAAAAGGCUGACAAGGCUGACACUCCCACUACCACAAAAGCCACCGCGAACGACGCCCAUGACGCCAACCUCACAAAGAGAAGGUAA